AUGGCUCCGUAUCAUGGAAUAAUCACGGCCGGUUUGCGAAACCAUCGACGCUACACUCCGAAUCCUUUACCAAUACCACCUUUACAUUACAAAAGCCCUGUCAAGCACCUUGAAAGAAUUUCACCACCUGUGGUUCUUAGUUUCCCAGGCAGAGAUGUACGAAUGAGUUCCACUCAACUUGCACGUAACUUACCUGGUAUUCACCAUCAAGCUCGAGAAAGAGGCAACCCAAGAAUUGAUUUCAUGGAAUUAUUUGGGGACACAUUCGAACAUUCUGAUGAUGACCAAAAGCUUUCAGAGGCAGGGCGCUGGAUUUGUGCGGUCAUAAGCAGUUUGGAAGAGAUGCAAUAUUAUCCAGAUCCAUUUGGUAUUCGUAUCGAAGAUCUGGAGAACCCUCUGUCUUCUCGCAUUGAAGAUAUGCUUCUUUACAGCUCAGUGGGAAACCAUCAAAUGGAAAAUCAUGCAGCGCAACAGAUAUUGCACCUGCUCCAAGCAAUAAGUGACAUAUUGCUGGAAGAUCGGCGAUUUGGUGUGUUUGAUGGAUUCCUUUUUUACGAAUUCAUUGAAACAGCACAUUACCUUACACCAAUAAUCUCACAUGUACUGGGAGGUGCUGGAGUAUUGAUCUUGCUACGAGCGGUCGCGUUAAUGAGUGGACAUGAUGUUGAUAUAAUCAAAGAACUAAUUCGAACGAUACCAUUUCACGACCGGCAAUCCCUACAACUGUGCGCACAAGAUUAUUGGCAAAUAGAGAAAAAGGAACUGGGGAGACUCCUUCUUUUGAUAUUUGCUGGGGUGAUUUGA